AUGCUGCUCCACUUAGCGGGAAAAACUGCAGUACUCUGCACAUUUUUGUGCCUCACAUUUUCUAUUCUUUCCACUGUUAAAGCUGAAGAUCCGUACAAGUUCUUCAAUUGGAAUGUUACUUAUGGUUUCAUCUACCCUCUUGGCGUUCGUCAACAGGGUAUUCUUAUCAAUGGACAAUUCCCAGGCCCAGAUAUUCACUCUGUCACUAAUGACAACCUUAUCAUCAAUGUCUUUAACAGCUUAGAUGAGCCUUUCCUCCUCUCUUGGAAUGGAAUUCAACAGAGAAGAAAUUCAUUUGAGGAUGGUGUUUUUGGAACAACAUGCCCAAUUCCUCCAGGAAAGAACUUUACAUAUAUUCUCCAAGUGAAGGAUCAAAUAGGAAGUUUCUACUACUUCCCAUCUCUUGGAUUCCACAAGGCUGCUGGUGCUUUUGGUGGAAUCAGAAUCCUUAGCCGACCACGAAUUCCUGUGCCUUUUGCCGAUCCUGCUGGUGAUUACACCAUUCUUAUUGGAGAUUGGUACAAAACCAAUCACACGAAUUUGAAGGCUAUAUUGGACCGGGGCAGGAAGCUUCCAUCCCCUGAUGGCAUCCUCAUCAAUGGUCGUGGAAGCAAUGGCUAUUACCUUACUGUUGAACAAGGAAAAACUUACAGGUUGAGAAUAUCAAAUGUUGGGUUGCAAAAUUCCCUCAACUUCAGGAUUCAAAAUCACAAAAUGAAGUUGGUAGAAGUGGAGGGAACACAUACUCUCCAAUCUACCUACUCCUCUCUCGAUGUUCAUGUUGGCCAGUCUUAUUCUGUUCUAUUUACAGCAGACCAACCUGGCCAAGACUAUUAUAUUGUGGUUACCUCGCGGUUCACCGCUCCGGUUGUCCUCAACGCAACUGGUAUUCUACAUUAUAGCAACUCUGCUGGCUCAGUCUCUGGUCCGUUCCCUGGUGGACCAACCACCCAAAUUGACUGGUCACUCAACCAGGCCCGCUCUAUCAGGACUAAUCUUACUGCAAGUGGACCAAGGCCAAAUCCACAAGGGUCGUACCACUAUGGAAUGAUCAACACUACCAGAACUAUUGUAGUGGCAAAUUCAGCAGGUCAGGUCAAUGGCAAGCAGAGAUAUGGAGUCAAUAGCGUGUCCUUCAUCGCACCAGACACUCCCAUGAAGCUCGCGGACUACUUCAAAAUACAGGGAGUUUUCAAGGAGAAUAGCAUAUCUGACAGACCUUACGGUGGAGGGUUGUACUUGGACACAUCAGUUUUGACUGUUCCUUAUAGAGCAUUUGUGGAAAUUGUAUUCCAAAACAACGAGGACAUUGUGCAGAGCUGGCACCUUGAUGGUUACAGUUUCUUUGUUGUUGGUAUGGAUGGAGGACAGUGGACAACAGCUAGCAGGAACGGAUACAAUCUUCGUGAUGCAGUUUCUCGAUGCACUACUCAGGUAUAUCCCAAGGCAUGGACAGCUAUCUACAUUCCGCUCGACAACGUGGGGAUGUGGAACUUGAGGACAGAAUUCUGGGCACGCCAAUAUCUCGGUCAACAAUUUUACUUGCGAGUUUAUACAGAUUCAAAUUCUCUCAGAGACGAGUUCCCCAUUCCAAAGAAUGCACUUCUUUGUGUCCGUGCGCGAAUUGAAUUCUCAAAAGAAACUUCGAUGGCCGAUAGUUCCCGCUUCGAUCAUGAUCUUUUUCUUGCUCACAAAUUCCCCGAGGUAUCUCUGCUUUAUUUGUCUAUGAAAUCUCGCCAAGGUUCUCGACUGAUAACAUCAUAUACUUACACCGAAAGAGAUGCAGCGAUAUAUGCCUUGGGUGUUGGAGCUUGUUGUCGGGAUGCGAUUGAUUCCGAUGAGCUGAAAUAUGUGUAUCAUGAAAAUGGGCAGCAAUUUGUUCAGGUCUUGCCAACAUUUGCUGCCUUAUUUUCGCUUGGAUCAUUGACAAAUGGUAUUAUUGAUUUGCCAGGUUUGCAAUUUGAUCCGCGUCUUCUGUUGCACGGACAACAAUAUAUACAAAUUUACAAGCCAUUUCCUUCAAAUGCAUCUCUGAUUAACAAAGUAAGUCUUGCUGGGUUGCAUGACAAAGGUAAAGCAGCUAUUCUUGAGCUGGAAACCAAAAGUUAUGAGAAAGAAUCUGGUGAAUUAUUGUGUAUGAACAGAUCAACUAUUUAUCUCCGGGGUGCUGGAGGCUUCUCAAACUCAUCCCACCCUUAUUCCUAUUCGAACUACCCGAAGAACCAGGUUCCUGCUGUGAAAAUUCCUAAAAGUCAACCUUUUGCAGUAUUUGAGGAUUGUACCCAACCAUCUCAGGCAUUGCUGUAUAGGCUAUCUGGUGAUUAUAAUCCUCUGCAUUCAGAUCCCAUGAUUGCUAAAGUUGCUGGAUUCUCGCGUCCAAUAUUGCAUGGGUUGUGCACACUCGGAUUUGCAGUUAGGGCAAUCAUCAAAUGUAUUUGCAGAGGAGAUGCAAACAUCGUCAAGACCAUAUCAGGCCGGUUCCUUUUGCAUGUGUACCCCGGUGAAACUUUGAUCACUGAAAUGUGGCUUGAUGGUUUGAGGGUCGUAUAUCAGACGAAGGUGAAAGAAAGAAACCGGGCAGUGCUAUCUGGUUUUGUAGACCUCCAUCGUUUAACCUCAUCGCUGUAA